AUGAGAGGAGCGGGAUAUUUGGAAGAAGGAUCAGUAAUUAACGAUAAAAAUCAUCGAAUGCAUUAUGAGUUCUGUAAUGAUUUAGGAAUUAAAAAGGUCUAUCACAGAGCUUUUCAAUCUUACCAACCAAAACUAACUAUUUUUAAAGCAGUAAAUAAAGGACAAGCCGGACUUAGGACUGAUGUUCACGAAGAAACAGAAGAUGGUGGAACUGGAGGAAUUACUUCAGCUAAAACCAAAGAUGAAUUCUACUAUCCGAAUGAUGUGUUGUUAUCGCCUUUUAAAGAAAGAGAUGUUGAAGAAUUGGCUAACAAUGAUUCGAUUCUUAAACACGAGCAAACUUUCAAAAAAGAUUUGGCAAGUUUGGUUAGAGAUGUUGUAAGUGAUCCAAUAGAACUCAAUUUGCCUGCUAAUGCUUCAUUUUUAGGAAUUAAAGAAAGUGCUCCGGGUUCGGUUUGCUAUCGAAUAGAAUUUAGUCACUUAGCCUUAGUAGCUGAAAUUAAAAAUAGCGAAAGUUACGAAAAGUCUUCUUCUCUCUUUAAUGUUCUAAAUGGUUUUAAUAUUAAACUUAGUGGCAAAGUUCUUGGAACUGGUGCAAGUGGUGGAUUAGGUUUGGAUUGA